UACCAACCCUUAUGUGUGUUAAAAUUUGAGAUAAGUAAAAAAAAAAAUUAGCAUCAUGACAAUUCCAGUUGUCCGUGACGACAUUAAGAGCUCAGCCCCCAAACAUUGUCCCAAUCGUUGACCACAACAGGCGCUGGAUCCAGUUGGGGGACAAUAUAAGGGGAGCCAUUGAUGGAAGAAGAGAAUAAUGGGGAGGGGGUGGAGGGAGAACAGAGCAGGUGUUGGGAAGCUGGGCUUCCAGCCGUGUAGUAUGGCCUUGGAUGCUAAUACUACUGCUGGGAUUGGAGCAAAGCCAGAAAUGAAUCUAGAGUAACCCUCAACACCAUCUAUUUGAGGAUAAACAUAUGCUUGGGGCUGAUUUAGAGGAUAACCGGACAUCAAUUGCCAUGGUUUCAGUCCAUGACAAACUUCACCCAUUUCAUGUUUCAAGCUUGUAUUAUAAGGUAUGGUCACAUGACCUUAGGGUGUAGUAACAAGGGAUGCGGGGGUUAGGAAAAUCUCAACCCCCCACCCAACCUCUACCAGUGUCUUCUCGUUCUGUAGGAUACUUGUGUGUGUGCCUCUGGUUUCAAGAUGGGAAAUCUUUGGGAGCAGUUGAGUGUAGUUCCCCCAGUCUGACCAGCACCCAACUCUAACCUGUAAUGCUUGGACAAAUUUCAACCCAAACCUGGCCAACUGGUGGUCAGCUUUGGGUUUCGGGUCAUCCUGCACAUCACUAGUAUUAACGACCAAACAUAUUUUAAUUUGAUUUAUUAUGGGCAAAUCCGUUACAUGGGAUAGUAGUAGGUAACACACUUGGUACCAGCACCAGAGAGCAAAGGCCGAUAGAACGUUUGCAUGUAUCAGAAGAAUACUUGGAGAUGCAGUUUUGGUCACUCAUCUUCAAGAAAAGAACUGAGAGAAAACCACUUCCACUCAUGGACUUCUUUGGAGAAUAAACUUGUGGUCAGUACAAGCAUUCGUGAGCUUGCAGGACAGUUCAAAAAAAAGUGGCAGCCUUUAUAUAAAUAUGGCCCUGGCCAGAGUUGGGCACGAUGCAAUGGCUGCUUUUGCCAUGAUGCCUUAUUGGAUGGAUAUUAUUGGUCAUUCUAUCUGAGAUAAUGGCAGCUUUGCCAAGACUGAAGCUACGAGCCACUUGUAGGCACUAACACCUUCAUGGAAAAUCAGGCACAGCAAAGAAAACAAUAAUUUCAUAUUUAGCACGUCUAUUAGACAAAUACAAAGGGGAAAUAAAAUGACAGUGGCUCUUUAAUGCUGUCCUGGAAUUGAAUGCUCCACGUAAUGUAGCUGGCGUGAAGGAAUGUGGUAGAACGAGUCUUCUACGAUUCAUAUUUCACUCUUACUUGUCAUAUUCACUGCAUCAUGGCGGCUGCUGGAGUGAGAGAAGAACUCACCUGCCCCUUGUGUCGGGAGAUUUAUACAGACCCUGUAACCCUGCUGUGUGGCCAUAGCUACUGUCGGGUCUGUAUUCGGAAAACAUGGGACUGGCAGGAGGGGAUAGAGGAAAAACCUUCCUGCCCUGAAUGCAGAGAGCAAUUUUCAAGGCGCCCUCCGCUUAGAAGAAACCUGAGGCUGAACAAUUUGGCUGAGAGUUUUCUCCCUAUCGAUUCAGAACAAGGAGGUGUCAGAAUCUUUUGCUCUUACUGUGAACCUUUUGUAAGUGCCACCAAGUCUUGCCUGUUGUGUGAGGCUUCUCUGUGUGAUUAUCAUGUGAGGAAGCACAACAAGUCUGAAGAACAUCUCUUAAUGGAACCCACCACCUGCUUUGGGGAGAGAAAAUGCUCCGUACACAAGAAGAUCCUGGAAUAUUAUUGCACUGAGGAUGGUGUCUGUAUCUGUGCCUCCUGCUGCCUGGUUGGAGAGCACCGGGGGCACAAGGUGGAACUGCUGAGUGAGGCCUCAGAGAAGAAGCAGGAGCAACUGAGGAAUGUUCUCUAUGGUCUUACCUCGAUGAAAGACAGAGCUGAUAGACGGAUGCAGAGUCUGCAGGAGCGGAGAAUAAUAGUGCAAGGGAAUGCAGCCAAGGAGAAACAACAAGCCUUGGCCCUCAUUGAGGUGAUCAGGGAAUAUCUGCAAACUCUAGAGGAUAAACUGAUGAGAGUUAUCAGCCAGGAGGAGACCUGUCAUUUGCAGAUACUGUCUAAACGAAUCGAAAAGCUGGAAAUAAAGCAGGACGAACUGUCCAGUAAGAUCCGUCACAUUGAGGAGCUGUGCAACAUGGCAGAUCCACUCACUGUCCUACAGGAACGGGAAUCCGAUGGAGCUGAAUUUUAUGGGGUUGACGAGAAACCUAAUGAGGGCAGAAUAGGAGAUAAUACAAAUGAGUUUCCAGUAAGUGAACAGAAUUUGGGACUGGCACCACAGAAGUUGCUCAGACGAUUAUAUGAGAUUUUGGGUGGGAUUAGGAGGCAGGAAGAUAAAGCCAGUCUGCCGGAUACUAAUGUGGCCACUAGCCUUGACUCAUUACCAGAAAAUAUCACUGAGUCUCCCCUGCCACUGAAUCGGCAAGAUUCUUCAUCCUUAGACUUCUCAGUGACCUCUGGGGCAAGCGGCCGCUCGGUCAAUAACACGGGACACCUGGAAAGUCUGAAGGACACAGAUUCAUAGGUGGGGUCCUUAGCUCUCUGCAAUCCGGCCCAUGUUUGCUUCAAUCCGAUGAGAAAGGGAAGAAGGAGAACUACAUUCCUUUAAAUGUUAGAUUUCUUUGUAUAAUGAUGAUCACGGGCCUCUGCUAAAUUUUAUUGGUGCAGAACUUUGCUAAUUGGUUGCCACUGGUAACUGCACCAGUUCAAUGUUGCACCUAUGUUAGAAAUGCAGCCCAGUUAUGAUAAUAUUCCGCUUUUACUAGUACUAAAAGACCCGUUUAUCAAGUUCAAUCGGUGCCCAUGUAAGUCCUGCCUUAUUCACGUGAUCCAGAGGAAGGUGGAAACCUCCAUCUUAUGUUGUCUGGGAUUUGACCAAAGUGGGGAAAACCCUUUUAUUUUUAUAUUCAUACAGUUUCCCUCUGAUUCGCUUCAUACACUGGGGUGUUGCUUCGGUGGCGUCAGACGGUUUUUCAGGUUUGAAAGUAAACUGUAGUUAAAAUAAAAAAAAUUUCAUUCUGGCUGUAAACUGACUUCUAUUGUGUAACAGCGUUUGGGAGAAACUGAUCUGUUUUGUUUUAAUCUCAAAACCAGUUAAAGGGAUACUGUCAUGGGAAAAAAAAAUUUUUUCAAAAUGAAUCCGU